UCCGCCACUCCACUCUCCCAGAUCUACACCCUCACCCCACCCCACCCCGUCUCGCCGGCCGCCCGGCCGCCCCAACGAGUGCAUCGGACGAGGCCACGGCCAUGGAUCUCCUCGCGGACGCGCAGCCCCAGUGGCUCCUCGCCGGCGCGGCGCUGCUGCUCGCCACCGUCGCCUUCCUCAGGGUCCUCCUCGGCUCCGGCCGCGGCGGCAGGCGGGCGCCGCCGACGAUCCCGUGCGCGCCCGUCGUGGGCGGGCUGCUGCGGUUCCUGCGGGGCCCCAUCCCGCUUAUCCGGGCCGAGUACGCCCGCCUCGGCCCCGUCUUCACCGUCCCCAUCCUCACCCGCCGCAUCACCUUCCUCAUCGGCCCCGACGUCUCGGCGCACUUCUUCAAGAGCAGCGAGUCCGACAUGAGCCAGCAGGAGGUCUACCGCUUCAACGUCCCCACCUUCGGCCCCGGGGUCGUCUUCGACGUCGACUACCAGGUCAGGCAGGAGCAGUUCAGGUUCUUCACCGAGGCGCUCAGGGCCAACAAGCUCCGCAGCUACGUCGACCAGAUGGUUGCCGAGGCCGAGGAGUACUUUUCUAAGUGGGGAGAAAGUGGCACUGUGGAUCUGAAGUAUGAAUUGGAGCACCUCAUAAUACUGACUGCUAGCAGAUGCUUGUUGGGAAGGGAGGUGCGAGAAAAGUUGUUUGAUGAUGUCUCUGCUCUCUUCCAUGAUCUUGACAAUGGGAUGAUGCCAAUCAGUGUCAUCUUUCCCUACCUCCCAAUCCCCGCACACCGCCGCCGUGACCAGGCACGGACACGUUUGGCGGAGAUCUUCGCCACUAUCAUCAAGUCCCGCAAGGCCUCUGGACAGUCUGAGGAAGACAUGCUGCAGUGCUUCAUUGAUUCCAAGUACAAGAAUGGCCGCCAGACCACAGAAAGUGAGGUGACUGGGCUACUUAUCGCAGCGCUAUUUGCUGGACAGCACACUAGCUCCAUCACCUCAACCUGGACUGGGGCCUACCUGCUUAAGUUCCAGCAGUACUUUGCAGAGGCUGUAGAGGAGCAGAAGGAGGUGAUGAAGAGGCAUGGUGACAAGAUUGAUCAUGACAUCUUGGCAGAGAUGGAUGUCCUCUACCGGUGCAUCAAGGAGGCGCUCCGGCUCCACCCACCGCUGAUCAUGUUGCUUCGCCAAUCACACUCUGACUUCAGCGUGACCACGAGAGAGGGCAAAGAGUUUGAUAUCCCCAAGGGCCACAUCGUCGCAACAUCUCCCGCUUUCGCUAACAGGCUCCCCCAUAUCUUCAAGAACCCGGACUCGUAUGACCCUGACCGGUUUGCGGCUGGGAGGGAGGAGGACAAGGUUGCGGGUGCCUUCUCGUACAUCUCGUUUGGGGGUGGCAGGCACGGGUGCCUUGGUGAGCCCUUCGCAUACCUGCAGAUUAAGGCGAUAUGGACACACCUCCUGAGGAACUUUGAGUUCGAGCUGGUGUCUCCAUUCCCCGAGAACGACUGGAACGCGAUGGUCGUCGGCAUCAAGGGCGAGGUGAUGGUCAACUACAAGCGGCGGAAGCUCGUCGUCGACAACUAGAGAGCGGGUGGUCCCGUAGUUGGUGUUUGCUUCUGUAUUUGUUCCAUUCAAGUUUUGUUGUCCGCACGCCAGCAUGUGAGUGUUGUUUGUCUCUCCUUUCAUCUUUGCCGUUGUCCAUUCUCAUAGACGGGUUCAGACAUAAAAUGUGAACAGACAACCCUAUGUAAGGAACACAACAACUGUGACCGAGUUCGUUCAAAAUGCACUUCUUUCUUUUGCUCA